GGCACAUGCAGCCCGGACACCGUGUGGAAACACCGGGACCGCAGUGGCUAAAGUGGUGAAAGUGGUUGUCUUUCCCAAGCAGUUUCGAUGUACUGAACCCUUCGUGGUGGGCCUUGCAGUACGAGGUGGUCCCAAGCCUUCUGCAUUCCAAAGCUUUCUCACCCUAUGCUGCAAGAGCCUUCCCAAGGGCCGAGGCCCUCCACCCCAUUCAAGGUACUCGUAUGUUCACCCUUGCUGUCACAGGACGUGUUGGAGACAGAGAAUUUCUGGAGUCUUCGCCCUUUCGGCGCUUUUGGAAGCUUCCCAAAGAAUACCCCCCCAUCAGUUGAGUGUAUUCAGCCGCAGCCGUGCCGAUGCCCCGUGUUCGGCGCUCAAGCGCGCCGAACUCAGCGGCGCCAUGGCGGAGUGGGCAUCGAUUGAGGCGCUGUGCUUCGCAGCCUCUUCAAGCUUGAGCCCCCGGAGUCUCGCUUGUUUGGGCCGCGUCGCGCCAGCACUGCGGAGGGCGCUGGAGCCGUUGGCCGAGCGACGGGCGAAGAUGGCCCGCUUGAGGGAAGCGCUGGCGAGGCUGCCGGUGCAGUUUCACUUCCCGCUGCACGGCGACGCUUCGCUGCUCGAGGACCUGGACGAAGCCCUUCGACACUUCGCGACGCUGAAGGUGCUCCGCUGGCGGCAGAAGGCUGGCCAGGCGGCUGGCUGGGUCCCCACGGAAGAGGAGAUGUGGCAAGUCUCAUCCCGUGGUGCACUGCGGAGCCUCCUCACCUCGAGCCAGUCGCUUCUGUCGCUGGCCAGUCCGUGCCGCGCGGAGUCCCUCGCUGCGACUGCCGCGAGUGGCGCGGCGAGUGCGCUGCUCUUUGCUGCCACCCUCAGGAGGUCCGAACAUGGAGACUCCUUGGCGCCCUUGGCCUUCGAGUGGGCCUGUGGCCCAGCGGCCGAUCCACUGCAGCUGGCACUGGCACUGCACUUGGGAGACCAUGGCCCCACUCUGCAGGUUGAGAUGAUCUCGGGCGGCUGGUCUGAGUGGUCUCAGACUUGGUCUUUGGAGGAUGGAUCGUUGGACUUGGCCUUGGGCUUGGCCUGGGACGGCGAUCAGGGACCCAUCAUCCUGCAUCAUCGGCUGGGUGCCAAGGGCAUCCCGGAGAUUGCAGGGCACACUGAGAGGCACCUGGAGCUGGCCCAUGGCAUUCGGACCAUUCCGCAGCUGUCCGAUGGGCAAAAGCUCUCUGCCGUGGUGUGCGUGAGCGCUAUCCGAUGGUGCGCUGAAGCUCCGCCCUGGCGGCCUCGCGAGAUACGCAGGAUUGAGGUUUGACGCGGCGCGGGGCUCGCAGCGGGGGUCGCUCGCGCGAACCGGGCAGUGGACCCUGGAGCAUCGGUGGAGCAUCGGGUGCUCGAGUGGCAGAAGUGAC